AUGAGCCUGUGGACUCUGGCCUUUUGUCAGGGCUGGCGAGCGCCCUCCCGCCACCCCACCCAAAGCCCCGGCUGCGGCCUCAUCCCGGACCCCAGCGCAGACCCCGCGCACAGUCGCUGUCGGGCCCUGCCCUCCCAGGCCCCUUCCCCGGCGGCGCGUGGCCCGGCUGUGCCCGGUCAUCUUGGCCUCCAUCGCGGACAGCUACGAGCGACGCAACGAGAAAGCUGCCCGAGUUGUCCGGACCCUGUGGGACCCGUUGACACGCACUCAGGGGAAGUCACCAACUGCCUUUCAGGGCCACACAGUGCGUCAGAAGAUGAGGUGACUGCUGACGUGGAAUCUGCUAAGAACACGUGUCAAGUGUGCAGGAAAGUCUCUCCAGAGGAGCUCAUCGUGGGCUGGCACGCUUCGGGCCACGACAUCACGGAGCACUCCAUGCCGAUCCACGAGGACUACAGCCCAGAAGCCCCCAACCCCAUCCACCUCACCAGCGUCCAGAACGGCCGCGUGAGCGACAAGGCCUCCUCGGCACUUUAA